CUUUCUCAAGCUGUCAAGAUGUUAGUUACAAGAGGGGUUGGAGAGCCAUGAAGAUCCUCUGACAUCAGACCAUUCGAAAGUGCUUUUUCGCUCUACAGCAUCCCAGUAUGGCUUCGGUCGGAGCCUUACUGAUGUUGCUGCCUGUUGCAUGGACGUGUUCCCCCCAAAAAGCAGACUACGUCAUGGUGUCGUGUUUCCCCAACGCCAUCAUCGCCAACGUCCCGGAGUGCCCUUACGGCUGGGAGGUCGACCAGCUGUCCCUGGGGGGGGUCUGCUACUCCGGAGCGCACACCCCGGGCUACUACCGCUUCAGCAUCCCGGACCUCACCCCCAAAAACCACUCGUACUGCGGCACCCUGUCUGAGUACAUGCCCGGCAAAGACCCCAAGUACAUCUUCUCCAACUCCAUCGUGUCCAACGACACGUCGCUGACGCUCAGGAACCAGCCGGUCAACUACACCUUCAGCUGCGUGUACCGGGCGGCCUACCUGCUCAACAACGCCGUGUUCAGCCAAAGAGUGGCCACAGUUUAUGUCAACAACGGGAGUUUAGGCACUUUUAGGUCGCAGUUGUCCAUGAGCGUGUUCGCGAACUCAAAGUUCCUGUACGCCAAGGACUCGCCGUACGUGAUCGACACGUCGGACAUCGGCUCGGAGGUUUUCAUCGGCGUCGAGGCGAAAGGGCUGAGCAGCAGGUUCAAAGUCGUGAUUCACAACUGCUGGGCCACUCCUACUCCGUACUCGACAGACAAGAAGAGGUGGAGCCUCAUCAUUAACAGCUGCUCCUCCGACCACACCGUGAGCAUCUUCGAGAACGCCAAGGACAGCCGCUCCACCUUCAAGUUCAACUCCUUCCGCUUCCAGCGGCUGGAGAAGGUGUCGACGGUGUGGCUCCACUGCGAGGUCCAGGUGUGCGACGCGGAGAGGCUCGUCUGUCAGCCGGGCCCCUGCUCCUCCAGGAGUCCGUCGUCGCAGGCGGAGCCGAGCGGGGGGGUCCUCACCGCCGAGUUUCACAUUAAAGGCUCUUCACUCUUCAUCCUGCUGGCUGUGCUCAUGAACACAUGCUGUGAUUUAGUAAACGGAUCAAGGAUGUAGAAAAACUUGAAAACAUUUCAUCCGUUUCCUCAGAGAUAUCAAUUAGGACCUUUGUCGACGCUUUUGAUGUGUUUUUAAAAUGCCAAAAUACUGCUUUUUUCAAUAAAGAUGAGUUGACAUUUUUAAAGAAACAACCCUC